UCUUGGUUACCUGCUUCAGGUGUGGCUCACACACAUUUCCAGAUUGUCAGAGAAGCAAGCGUCACAGGCUACAGGAUUUAGACAAACACAGGUGUAUGAUGGACUCAUCAGAGGAGGUGAAGAAGGAGGAAGCACAUAAGGAUGAAGUUAGCUGGCCCUGGAGUAAAAACAAGGAGAAGGACAAAAAGAGUAACGACAAGGACAAGUCAGACAAAGACAAAGUAAAAUCUAAGGACAAAGACAAAUCCAAGGACAAAGAGGGCCAUGAUAAGAAGAAAAAGAAGGAAAAGAAAGAAGGAAAACAUGGACACUCUUCAUCCAGCAGUGACGAGGCCUGAUGCUGUCUCCAGUGUGGACCACAGGUGUUCGUGUCAUCAAGCUGUGCCACUGUUCACAUUUUGUAAACAAAACUGCUUCUUGGAAUAAAUGUGGAAAAAAUGUC